UCUGCACGGCGGACGGAGCGAACCACGAAUGAAGGAUCCAACUUUCAACAUCAACAUCACCAGCCGUGCCAGCUCACCUCAGGACGCAACAUAUGACAAUUCCAAUGCCAUACACCUCCAGAACGGCCGGAGAAAAUGACGAGCAUCGACGAGCUAUUCAAAGGCGCUGGUAUCGGUAGCAAGCGUAAGAUCGAGCUCAAUCACGAUCCCUCACACUUCUACAAGUCCGCGAAGCUCUCCGCAAAUGGGGACGCAAAAGGGAAAACGCACGCCAGCGUCGAAGAGGCCGACGAGAACAAUUACGAUGACGACGCGGAAGCCGGUCCCGAGAUGCCCCCCGACGAUGGUGAGGAUCCGGAUGAGGAAGGACGAUUCUUCGGCGGUGGCAUGGACAAGGCGACAGCGGCAGCCAUGGAUUACCUCGACAUCGCGGACGGUCAGGAGGAAUAUGUGCAGGAGAAAUACGACAGCGCAUGGAUACGGCGACUGGCGUUGAAUUUUGAGAAGAAGAUAUCGAAGAACGCGGAACUGCGAGCGAAGUAUGAAGAGGACCCGACGAAGUUCCUACAGUCUGAGGCAGAUCUGGACGAUGAGGUCCGGAACCUGUCGAUCCUGGCUGAACAUACCGACCUCUACCCGGAAUUUGCAAAGCUGGGCUGUGUAGCAUCUUUGGUGUCCUUGCUCGCGCACGAAAACACGGACAUUGCCAUUCGAGCCAUCCAGACCAUUGGUGAACUCCUCGAUGAGGACGUCGAAGCUGAGCCGGAGCAGUGGGACGCUCUGGUUGAUGCCGCCCUCGAAGCCGAUAUAAUCUCCCUCCUAACCGCCAACUUCAGUCGUUUCGACGAAUCUGCGACCGAAGAGGACCGCAAUGGCGUCUACCAUUCCCUCUCCGCAGUCGAGAUCCUCUCCUCGCGUUCGUCCGUCGCUGCGGAGUUAUCGUCCACCGGACCCACCUCGCUCCUCCCGUGGCUCCUGAGUCGCCUCCAGCGGACUGAGAAGGCAGUCUCCCAAAACAAGCAAUACGCCGCGGAAAUCCUCUCCAUCCUCCUCUCGUCGUCGCCCUCCACACGGUCCUCGCUCGCCUCUGUCUCCCCGAACGGCAUCGACACCCUCCUGAACUGCCUCGCCAUGUACCGCAAAUCCGACCCGUCCCCCGGCAGCACCGCGUCCGAAUAUUUCGAGGAUCUGUUCGACGCGCUCGUCCUCGCCCUCCUCACACCCGCCAAUAAAGCCGCCUUCCAGGCCGCCGAGGGCAUCGAGCUGCUCCUUAUCAUGCUCCGGUCGUCCAGUCUCAGCAAACCACGUGCACUGCGGACGCUGGAUCACGGCCUUGCGGGGUCCUCUCCCGAGUCUGGCGCACUGGCCGAGCACUUCGUCGAGGCGCAGGGACUGGGCAUCUUGUUCAAGCUGUUCAUGAAGAAGCAAGACGCGUCAACCACGGAGCAUCUGCUCGGAAUCCUAUCCGCGUUGCUGCGAUUGCUCCCCGCGGACAGCGCCGGCCGCAUACGCACGCUGGCGAAGUUCGUGGAGAGGGACUAUGAGAAGAUUGGGAGGUUGGGUGUCGUUCGGAGGGAGCUGGAGGCACGGCUCAGAGGUGUCGAUGCGGCUAUCACGGAAGAGAAGACGAAUCUGAAGCGGCGGGGAGAUGAGGGUGAGAUUGAAGUGCGGGAGGAGGAGUGGUUGGCGAGACGGCUGGAGAGCGGGCUACAUUCUCUGAGGUUGGUGGAUGCCAUUCUAGCUUGGCUCGUGGCUGAGGAUGCUGGUGCGAAGAGAAAGAUCAUGUCUGUGUUGGACGAGACGGACCAGGCGCUGUCGAAUGCCAAAGCGGUUUUACAGGAACAGUUAAAAGAGAUAGGGACGCCUGACGAGGCAGAAGAGGUUGCUACGGCGGAAAUGCUUAGUGCUUUGGUCUCGUUCUUGAAUUGAACGAGUUACAUGUCAUCUAGGAAGGAAUAUCUCUUGGCAAUCAACGCUUUAGAGGAGCUGGAGCACAUCCUCGUGGAUUUCUUGUAUUGAUGGUAGGAAUUCGGAUGAGACAUGGUAUCUUAAACACGCCUCUUUGCCUUCACGCUAAUAACGCUAAACCU